AUGAAGCAUGUGGACAAACGGGAUACACAGCUCUCCAGAGGCCAACACUUGCUUCGAGGUCAUUUUCAGUUGCCGUUUCCACCGACUGGCAAGUUCUCUUGCGUCGGUCCAGGGGUCUAGCGAGGUUGAAGAAGCGGCAAAACCUGGCCAUCUCUACUCCAUCAACGUCUUCAAGCAGCGCGUCAGCCACUUCAACACCAAAACAAAUAACGAUACCCGACGGAUGGAAAUCGAUACCCAGAGAAACGAACUACUAUGCUGUGCCGGUCAUUGUAGCCAUUUCGGUCCUGGUCGCAAUCCUGGUAAUCGCGACCGUGGUAGGCUCCGCGAUUUGGCGACGCAAGAAGCACAGGAGGAAACGCAAGCAUCCCGGGGAGCUUGAGAAAGGACGCGUAGGAAAACUCAUGGAGCAGGUUGGCCUUGGCUCCCUUGCGUCGCGGCGGACGCGGGGCGGGAGAAAUAAGCAGGGAGGCACCAGUGUCAAAUCCCCACGCAAGCGUCUAUCUGUCGCGGCCGUCGCAGGCGAGUCUACCUCAUUCCAGGACACUGCACACCCUAACGGUUCGGGACCUACGCGAUCCAUCAGUGACGGCGGAAGUGGAGACGGAAACUUUCAUCGUGUGGGUCCGUCAGGUCGACCAGUCGGCGGUUAUCGUAACUCGACCGCAUCCACGAUUGCCCGAAUACGUCGUCGUCGUGAGCAGCGUGCCGCCAGAGCCGCUGCCGAUGACGAUCGCAGUGACGCGGACGAGGACGAGGACGAUGAAAACCGGGCACUCACAGGCUCACAUUCGAGCCGCAAUACUCCUGAGAACACCCUCACCGCUCGAUUCGCAGCUCGCCUUCUCUCGGCAGUCAGCCAACCCCCCUCGCCGUCACCUGGGCCAUCAACCAUAUUUCGAGAGCUCGACCGUGCACCCUCAGCUUCGACCACGCAGUCCGUGGAAGACCUCAGUCGCGUGUCCUCCAGAGCCAGCACUCACAGCCGCAGCGUCUUUGACCGGGGAGAAAGUGGGCUUCGCGAGUCCUCUACUCCGGCCGCAUUAUAUGGACCCAACCCAAUCCGACCCAAUCGCGUGCAAGCAUCGCCGGACACGUCGAAUACGGCUACGUUCGGCGCUUCACCAGCGACUGCAGGUCUAGCAUUGCCGAUUCCCGGACCACCCGCAUAUCGACCGGCUUCGACAACGAUUGCCAUGACGACCAGAUUUUCGCCGUCCCGUGCAUUUAGCUCACGACCUGCCGUUGAAGAUCAUGAUCCUGCGGACACGUGGCAUUGGCCGAACGAGAAAGGACUGUCCUCGGCGUCAGUGGCAACGCCAUUCUCUUCCGGCGCUUCAUCAUCGACAAGGGCCCCGCAGGAGUGUCUUGGUAUCGGUCGCAGCCACCCUGCGACACAGCACGACUCGUCGAUUUUUACGGCUCACCUUGCCACCGAUGACAAGGCAAUCUUGGCUCGUCUUCGUGAACAGGUGGUUAACGACGACGCAAGCGAAGGACCGCAAGCUACCUCUUCAAGAACCCAUCCCUUGGCUUCAGCUACAGCUCCGGUGUUGCCCGAAGAUGAUGGCCAAGACGUGUGGCUUGGAUUCGCGUCGGAAUCUGAUCCUCCUGUUCCCGCGCCUUCCGCACCUCUUGCGGCCUUGCUACCCGCACCCUCGCAGCCGGUUGCGACUACCUUCGACUAUUCGGCACCCCAGUCUAAGCCACGCAGGCCAAGAGUUGCAUCUGUCGACGAGUAUGAGCAAGCCGAGAUGGGUUACCUUCCCGUCUACGAACGGAGGCGCAAUGCCGAAGCGAAUCAUGCACAUAUUAUGGCCCGGGCGACUGCUCCCAUUUCAGUAUCUGAUGGUCCCAAAGAAAGUGCGAACGGGGCCAUUUCAGCACCUGGUGGUCCUGAAGAAGGUGCGAACGGCGCCGAGCCUCGGGUACCAGGGUUGACACGGCUAGAGCACUGUGAGGUUUGA